AUGGCGGAACUAACUGAGCGCGAGAAGAUGCUCCGUGGAGAGCUCUUCGUUUCUUUCACCCCGGACCUGAUUGCGGCUCGGAAUCGCUGCAAAUAUGCCUACACUCGGUAUAACAAUGCCGGUGAAGUACCCCGGAGACGGCUAGUUGAGCUUUGGAAGGAUGUCAUUGAGGACAAGACUCCUCUCCCUCCACAACUAGAUGAUCCAGUGGCCGAUGAUGAGCUCUUCAAAGACGAGCCCUGGAUCGAACCACCCGUCAAGGCAGACUACGGCUUUAACGUCAUCCUCGGGAAGAAUGUCUUCAUCAACUCCAACUGUGUCUUCAUUGAUAGCUUGCCUAUUACUAUCGGGUCUCGGACACUGUUUGGGCCCAACGUGAGCUUGUUCGCUGGGACUCACCCCGUUGAUCCAGCUGUGCGAAAUGGUAUGGAAGGCCCUGAGAUGGGAGCUCCGAUUACCAUUGGCGAGGAUUGCUGGAUUGGAGGCAAUGUGACUAUUCUUCCUGGGGUGACCAUUGGCAAGGGAUCGACUGUUGGUGCUGGCAGUGUGGUUACUAAGGAUGUGCCGCCCUUUCAUGUAGUUGCUGGGAACCCAGCCAGGAUCAUCCGGAAGAUCGAGACUACCAUGAAGGAAUGA